AUGUCUUCCUUCGGUAACUUCCAGACACUCCUCGACCAGCAGGUCGGGACGCUUCCAAAGCGUUCAUCUUGGCCGAUCCACACGGACAAAUCAAAGAAGCAGAGGCCUAUCCCGCUCAGUUCUCUGCGUUUCCAGGGCGCUGCCUGGGCGGCUGCGGGCGGCAGCAUGUACGCGACACUACACGGGGUCUUCAAGAUCUUCCGCAACUUCCGUGGUUUGAGAUACAUUUGA